AUGACAACUAUACCGCGCAAGGAGAACCUGGCGACGUCUCAAGACAAAGAAGUUUCGAAAGAAAAGCAGCCUCAGAGCAAGGAGAAGAGUUCUGCUAUGGAGAUCGACGAGAUCGACCCAGAAUGCUCGGAAGCUACCCCGACACGCCCUUCCACUCCGGAAAUCAGGAUCUUAUCGAAGGAAGAUCAAGUCAAACUCCGGGAGAGUCAGAAGGCUCUUCAGAAACUCAUCGACAACGAAGAGAUCAAGAGCUAUGUGAAGGGUUGGAACCCAUGGGAAGAAAAGAAGAUACAUUUCCCCUCCCCCCCCAAAAAGAAUCUUAUGAAAUUCAAAAGAAACGACUCGGGCAAACGACAAAGCUCAACUUCGACGAACUUCGCCGAUCCCGUCAAAUGGAAGAGAGUAGCAGAUUUACUCCAGACGGCUUCCGGACUGUACCAGAACCUGUAA